AUGGCGUCGCUCCAGGUUAGAGGCCCGGACUUUUCCGUCACCAAGCAAAAGGCCAUCGAAGAUGCCAAGAAGAUGCAAAAGCUCGUCACCGAGCAGAGCUCAAAGACCGGAAAGGACCCCCCUCAGUAUCGCCUAUCGGAGCUCAUCGGCAAGGGCAGCUUCGGCCGCGUCUACAAGGCCACUUCUCUAACAACAAACCAACUGGUCGCUGUCAAGAUUAUCGACAUUGAGGAGAGUGACACUGCUGUUCCAAACCCUAAGCUCGCCGACACAUACAGCGACUUGCUCAAGGAGAUUAGCGCCCUGAAGUUGUUGAGCGACACGGGCGCCAAGAACAUCAACCAUGUCAUCGAGGCUCUGCCGGUAGGCCAGUCCAUGUGGAUGAUCACAGAGUACUGCGCUGGAGGCAGUGUGGCCACCCUCAUGAAGCCAACCUCACCCGGUGGUCUCCAAGAGAAAUGGAUAAUACCCAUCCUGCGCGAGGUGGCUGAGGCAGUCCACUGGGUACACAAGGAAGGUAUCAUCCACCGAGAUAUCAAGUGCGCCAACAUUCUCGUCACCGAGGUUGGAGACGUUCAACUCUGCGAUUUCGGUGUUGCCGGUGUUAUCGAGACCAAGUUUGACAAGCGUUCGACCGUCAUCGGCACACCACAUUGGAUGGCCCCCGAGCUCUUUGAUCCUGCUGCCUCGUACGGCACUGAAGUUGACAUCUGGGCCUUUGGCGCCAUGGUCUACGAGAUUGCCUCGGGCUUGCCGCCCAAUGUGGCGGCUGGCAUGGAUUUCAACAGGCUGGGCUCCUAUCUGAAGCAACAUAUCCCUCGCCUCGAAGGUGAUCGAUAUUCGCCGGGCCUCAAGGACCUUGUAGCGUAUUGCUUGGAGGACGACCCCAAGAAGCGCCCAACUAUCGAGGAGGUCCAACAUCACCGAUACCUACACAACACGCAGGAGAUGUUCCCAACAUCUACUCUCGCUCAGCUGGUCAAGGGUUACAAGCUGUGGGAGGCUAAGGGCGGAAACCGCAAAUCUCUCUUCUCUGCAGGAGGAGCUCAGGGGCCCUCGGAUUUCGCGCCGACAGGAUACGAAAACGAUGAGUGGAAUUUUAGUACGACCGCUGCAUUCGAUCAACAAGUCCUUAAGAUGGAUAAUGACCAAGCGGUCUAUGAUGUUUAUGGGUCCAGUAUCGACCUCAGGCAAGAUGGCUAUGACGAUGCCUCACGCACCCAAAAGCCAAAGUCGCGUCGACGUCCUCCCCCGCAUCUCCCUUCGGUCAAGGCGCCCCUGGAGAAGCUCUUUGAUCCGAACACCAUUUCGAACUACGAGGACAACUCCCGAGCGUAUUAUGGUCGCUUUCCUCCUCCCUCCCUAGACUACCCUCCUCCUCCUCCCCCGGCUUCAGACUUGCCCCUGCGAGAUGACUCGUCCCAGUCCCAGGGCGUGAGGGAAUCUCUGAUUGAUCUUGACGCGUCGUUGGACGGGAGCAACCUCUCCGAGUUUGUUGAUAUGAACACCAUCCGGGCGGGGGAUCCUAGAGCAUCGACAGACUACGACUUUGGCGAUGUGUCUUACAACAAGCCGCCACUCAGUGAUCCAGAAUUGAACAACAAUCGGCGGACUCGAGAUUGGAAAUUCCCAUCCAUGGCUCCUCCUGCCUCUGCGAACCCGGAGAUGUUCAGGUUCCCCUUCAACGAUGACCAGGGGCCGACCACCAGCCGUCUCAUUCACCCGCCCACUGAGCCAAUUCAACCGUCUUCUCAAUUUAAUGAUCUGGCAGUUCCUUCGCCAAUAAACAACCGAGCGUCGUCAGGAAGUCUCAUCGAUCUGGAUAUGAGUCUGGCGGAUCCCAUCAAUGACUAUCCUCGACCAUCUACAUCACACUCGGACGUGGGCUCGAUAGCUGGCUCAGAAAUGGGCGGAGCGAAUCCGUUCGAGCUGGAGAAACACGCCUCCCUUUAUGUGAUGCCCAAUACUAUCCGAGAACCAUCCAUCUAUGUAUCAGAUGACUCGGAGUAUGCC